AUGCCUCCCAUUCCAGGAUUACAGACACAGCGUCGGAUAGUUGUCUAUCAUCAAACCAUUUGUCCAGAUGGCGGCCCAGUUGUCUCAAUGCUCCCGUUGGUCGAGAACAACACGGGAAUCACACAUGUCAUCUUGGCCGCUUUCCACCUGAAUGAUACCCCGGGCGAUAUCACCCUCAACAAUGACCCGCCAGACCACCCCAGCUAUAAUGAUCUCUGGGCUGAAGUGCCUCGAAUGAAGGCAAGCGGCGUCAAGAUUAUGGGAUUGCUGGGUGGUGCCGCCCAGGGUAGCUUCCGCAAUCUAGACGGCAGCGAAGCGCAAUUCGAGCAGUACUAUCAACCGUUCCUGGCGAUGAUUCGGCGGCAUCAACUGGACGGAAUUGACCUUGAUGUCGAAGAGCACAUGUCUUUGGAGGGAGUUACUCGGUUGAUCGAUCGUCUCAAGUCUGAUCUGGGAGAUGAGUUCAUUAUUACUCUGGCACCCGUGGCCGCUGCCCUCUUAGGCAUUGGAAACCUCUCCGGCUUCGACUAUCAACAACUCGACGCCUCCCGGGGCUCCAAAAUCAGUUGGUACAAUACACAGUUCUACAACGGCUGGGGUCCAGCGGAUGAUCCUCGGAUGUACGCCGCGAUUAUUGCGCAGGGCUGGUCCCCGCAGCGGGUGGUUUUCGGACUAUUGACGAAUUCGGAUAACGGAUCACAAGGCUACGUGCCACUUGAGACGAUGAGCGUUAUCCUGUCCAUGCUGAUCGAGCAGUACCCCAACUUUGGAGGCGUCAUGGGCUGGGAAUAUUUCAAUUCUAUGCCGGGAGGACGCGAGAAGCCGUGGAUUUGGGCAGCUGUGAUGGCGUUCAGUAUGAAUAUGAAGGACGUGGUCUUUGCUGCGCGGCAAAUUGUGGGAGCUGGCUUUCUUGCGAACAUGAUGCGACCGCGGUAG